GUCACAGGGUAAACAAACCUCAAGCUCACGCUGCAAGCACUUCCUUUUCUUUCUCUAUGGUACAGUUGUGGUACUGGUACAGGACUCGGGAUUUCAGGAAUAUCUCAUUUUUUUUUUUAGAAUUUUUUUACCCCUGUCAGUCUACAGAAAAAUUCCAAUUUCUAAAUUAUGAGCAAAGCACAUCCGCCGGAACUCAAAAAGUACAUGGACAAGCGACUCUCUCUAAAAUUGAAUGGAGGCCGGCGAGUCAUGGGAAUCCUUCGAGGUUUUGAUCCUUUUAUGAAUUUAGUAGUGGAUGAAGGAAUUGAAGAAAAGAAAGACGGUUGUCAAAAUUCUAUCGGCAUGGUGGUUGUUCGAGGAAACAGUAUUAUUAUGUUGGAAGCCCUGGACAGGACAGACUUGCGAUGAAUUUCUUCAACUAAACUUUUCUUUGUUUGAAAUUAAUAUGUCCCUAUAUCACAUUAUCAUCACCUUGUGGUAUUAAAUUGUCCUUUUCUCGUUGAAUGCGUUCAAAACAAAUUUGUUUUCGAUUCUGAUUCAUUAUCUAACUGUAGUACAAGGUCUCUGUGUAUAUAAGGCAAUUUCUAUCUCUAUCGAAGAAAUAUUUUCGCAUACUUCAUCUUUAUUUGUAUUAAAGUUUUAAUUUAAUCUGUCGUCAUACAUUUAUAUCAAAUCAUAA